GUUAUCACCAUGUCUGACGAAUACGGCUCGCAAGGCUUCGGCAAGCAGGGCUCGCUUGUGAACGAGACUGCCCGCGACGAACAGACCGAGCGCGAACUCACCUACAAGUAUAGCAACUACCCUCCACUCAACGACACGACCCAAUCCGGUGGCUACAGCGCCGACGAACGCGUCUGGGAGCGCGACGGGCAGAAGGGCCGGCUGCCGCAGAACGGGCUGAUCGACCAGUCACUGGACGGCGGCGACCUCAAGCACGAGUUGCAAGACGCGAAGCAGGGGAAGGAUGUUGGGACGCGGCCUAAGACGGAUAACUUCGUCGGGGAGGGCCCGAGCUACGAGACUAGGAAUGAGGCGCAGCGGAUGGUUGACCAGCAGGUCAAGGAGAAGCUGGACUGAAGCGGAAUCUUGUAAUGACAUUGUAACAUCAACACUCACGGACCCAUAAUGUACAUGUAUCUCCAUAUGAAGACAAUUGCACUGGCAAGUUAUAUUGGCUACUAGGCCC